AUGCGGGAAAUCGUGCAUCUGCAAGCUGGCCAGUGCGGCAACCAGAUCGGGGCCAAGUUCUGGGAAGUUAUUAGUGAUGAGCAUGGCAUCGAUCCUACUGGAACCUACCAUGGAGACAGUGAUCUCCAGCUGGAGAGAAUUAAUGUCUAUUAUAAUGAGGCUACAGGUGGUAAAUAUGUGCCUCGUGCGGUGCUGAUGGAUUUAGAACCUGGUACUAUGGACUCCGUUCGCUCUGGACCUUUUGGACAGAUUUUCAGACCUGAUAACUUUGUGUUUGGUCAGAGUGGUGCUGGCAACAACUGGGCCAAAGGUCAUUACACUGAAGGAGCUGAAUUGGUUGACUCUGUUCUGGAUGUGGUGAGGAAGGAGGCUGAGAGUUGUGAUUGUCUCCAGGGAUUCCAGCUCACCCACUCACUGGGUGGUGGUACCGGUGCUGGCAUGGGUACACUUCUAAUCAGUAAGAUCCGUGAAGAAUACCCUGACAGGAUCAUGAACACCUUUAGUAUUGUACCCUCUCCUAAAGUAUCAGACACUGUAGUAGAGCCCUAUAAUGCAACUCUAUCUGUCCACCAGCUUGUAGAGAACACUGAUGAAACUUACUGUAUUGAUAAUGAAGCUCUUUAUGACAUUUGUUUCCGUACCCUUAAACUGACAACUCCUACUUAUGGUGACCUGAAUCACCUUGUGUCAGCCACCAUGAGUGGCGUAACAACCUGUUUGCGAUUCCCAGGGCAGCUGAAUGCUGACUUGCGAAAACUCGCAGUAAACAUGGUCCCUUUCCCCCGUCUGCAUUUUUUUGUGCCAGGUUUUACUCCUUUGACCAGCCGUGGUAGCCAGCAGUACCGUGCCCUCACAGUACCCGAGCUCACCCAACAAAUGUUCGAUGCCAAGAACAUGAUGGCUGCCUGUGACCCUCGGCACGGCCGUUAUCUGACCGUGGCCGCUGUUUUCCGUGGCCGUAUGUCCAUGAAAGAGGUGGAUGAGCAGAUGUUAAAUGUACAGAAUAAGAAUAGUACCUACUUUGUGGAGUGGAUCCCCAAUAAUGUUAAGACUGCUGUCUGUGACAUCCCACCUAGAGGGCUCAAGAUGUCUGCCACCUUCAUUGGCAAUACAACAGCCAUCCAGGAGUUGUUCAAGCGCAUCUCUGAGCAGUUUACUGCCAUGUUUCGGAGGAAAGCGUUCUUGCAUUGGUACACUGGCGAGGGCAUGGAAGAGACUGAAUUUACUGAAGCUGAAAGUAACAUGAAUGACCUGGUGUCUGAGUAUCAGCAAUAUCAGGAUGCCACAUCUGGAGAGGAAGCUGAGGAAGAAGAACUAGGUGGAGAAGAAAAUUAAGAUAUACAGUAUAUUGUGCAUUUUGUCUAUUGUCAUUCUGCACUUUUAU